UUGGUAAUGAUAAAAAUGCUAUCAUUUUAGACUUUUUUGCUGGCAGUGGUACCACGGCUCAUGCGGUAUUAGAACUUAAUAAGCAAGACGGAGGAAACCGGAAAUUUAUCAUUUGCGAACAAAUGGAUUAUAUUGAAACUGUAACCAAAGAAAGAAUUAGAAAAAUAGAGCCAAAAAAUAUUGACAAUUCCAAGCAGGAAUUUACUGAAUUAUCAUUUACCGACCAACAAAAAUUUUUGAUUUCCCUUUUGGAUAAAAAUCUUUUGUAUGUUCCUUAUUGUGAUAUGAAGGAUAAGAGUUAUGGGAUAUCCGAAAAAUCAGUAGCAAUAGCUAUCUUAACUACGUUUGCAUUAUUAAUUGUUGCUAUUGCCGUAUUGUGGAAUAAAUUUAAUAAAGAAAAAAAUAAAAAAGAAAUUUCUGAAGGGAAAAAUAAAAAACUUGAAGAAGUUCUGCAAGAAAAGGAAAAUGAAAACAAAGCACUAAAAAAAGAAAUGUGCCAAGAAUGCAAAAAAAUCUAUACAUACGCUCAUCCCGAAUCACUUAGCCUCAGUGAAGAUUUUGACAAAUGCUUCUCCUUGGUUGAUGAAAUAAGCGACAAAGAAGGAGUUAUUUACUAUCAAGACGAAUACAUUUUCGUUGAUUUUUCUCUUGGAG